AUGUCUUCUACUCCAAACCCAAAAGCUUUCCCCUUGGCCGAUGCCGCUUUGACGCAGCAAAUUCUAGACGUGGUGCAACAGGCAUCGAACAUGCGUCAGUUGAAGAAGGGUGCCAACGAGGCGACCAAGACUCUGAACCGUGGUAUCUCUGAGUUCAUCAUAAUGGCGGCGGACUGUGAGCCAAUUGAAAUUUUGUUGCACUUGCCUCUACUGUGCGAGGACAAGAACGUGCCAUAUGUGUUCGUGCCCUCCCGGGUGGCGCUAGGCAGAGCGUGCGGUGUGUCGCGUCCUGUGAUUGCUGCGUCGAUUACCACGAACGAUGCCUCUGCUAUCAAGAGCCAGAUCUACGCGGUGAAGGACAAGAUCGAGACGUUGUUGAUCUGA